UCUUGAGACGGGCUAAACGCGACAUUUUUCGUCCCUCUUCCCUUACCGUAUGCUGUCGACUUCUCGUUUGAAGUCUUUCAAAAAUGAGAACUCCCACAAGAUGGCAGAAGCAGCAUUUAGUGCCUUAGGAAAAAACACAGGGACCAAGAGCAUCUCUGAGAGGGAUGUGCCUCACAUUCGUCUGAUUGGUGAUGGCGACGUGGAGGAUAUAUACAUAUUUGGAAAGAAACUGGGCCACGGAACUUAUGGGGUGGUGUAUGAGGGAACACAUAUUAGGACACAGACCAAGUGGGCCAUCAAGACGGUUUGCAAGGCAGAGCCGGGAAGUACAAAGAUCAAGAUGCUGGAGCAAGAAAUAAAAAUACUCAAGCAAGUGGACCACCCUCACAUAUUACGUCUGGUGGAGAUCUACGAAACAGCUCAGAUGACAUAUCUGAUCACCGAGCUGUGUGUGGGAGGUGAGUUGAAGCAGGUGUUACAGCAAAAACAGUUCUUUCCUGAGGAGGAGGCAAGACACAUCAUCGGCUGCUUAGCUGACGCCAUCACCUACCUUCACAAAAAAAAUAUCAUGCAUCGGGAUUUGAAACUUGAGAACAUUUUGGUGAAAAAUUCUCUUGAUGACUACAAUGGCAAGCUUGACAUCAAGGUUGCAGACUUCGGAUUAUCGGUGAAAACCUUGGGUGUUGGAAGUGAAAGCAUUCUGUCAGACGUUUGUGGGACACCCGUGUACAUGGCUCCUGAAAUGAUAAGCCAACGUGGUUACACACACUGGUGUGAUAUGUGGAGCGUAGGAGUCAUUAUGUAUAUUUUGCUGUGUGGGGAGCCUCCAUUUGUAUCCAAAUCAAAAGAAAACCGACUUAAGGAGAUUAGAACAAUAGGAGUCCAAUUUUCUUCAGCCAUCUGGGACACAGUCAGUGAUGCAGCAAAAACGGUAGUGACGUGCCUCCUGAAAGAAAACCCCGCUUACCGCAUGUCAGCUAAUCAGUUACGAGACAACCCGUGGGUUACAGGUGACACCAACACACCCGCGAUGCCUCUCAAUGCGCUGGAGAUGAUGCACAACUUCCAUGAACAGGAGAAGAGUACACAGGAGCCAAACAAAACCCUGGACCCCAUCCUUGUUCCCAGGGCAGCUUCACCAGUGUCACCCGAGCGCCAAAGCAAUGGCUUGAACCAUGAUGAUCUCUGCGGCUCACCCUCCACAUCCAACAAACUGCCCAAAGAGACCAAAGAGGGCUGCGGCCAUCAACAGGACAAGGAGAAAAUGAUUGCCGGGACACUUAAGCCCAGAAUACCACAACCUGCCGUGAAACCCCGCCCAAGUAUACGUUCGCGCAAGUCUCAAUGCAAGACAAACGUCAACUCACCGAAGAAAGCAGCCUCCCAUGAAAACGGACAGAGAUCUCCAUCUCCUUUAAAAGUGUACCUAAUGAUGUGGCCGGUGUGUGCACUUUGUAACUCCCGGUAUGAAUCCAGAAUCUCUCCUCUCCUGUCUUGAUUUUGCCAAAGGACCUCGGUCUGUGGGACAGAGCAGAUUGACUGCGCAAAUGUUUACUUUUUCACCACCAGCUGUUGCCGGGCUGCCCGAACAAUACAGGCUCGCUGAAGGUAUUCAAACACACUUUGCACAUACAGAAAAUAUACAUCAAUGGUGGCAUUUCAAAUUCUUCAUUAUAAAGCAGCAAAGUCCAUUUAUUAGAAAUGUGUUGAUAUUAUGGAAGUAGGGAAAUGAUUACAAAAUGAGUAGAUAUUACUGUUAAUGGCCGCUAUAUCCAACUCUGUCCCGGUCUCCAUAAAUGUCUGUUGUCAUGUACAUAUUGAGGGACGUGAUGAUGGAGUUCUGCUAGUUGAGUUAUUUUCACCAUAUAGUGCCUUUGAGACCUAUUUCAGUCUGGUGGUUCAAUGGCAGUGCUAUACUGUACCAAAUUUUCAGCCCCUUUUUUUUCCUCUCAAAGCAAGGCCACUCUAGUUAGUUGAGGUCAAAGUUCGCCAUCGCUACCUCUAUCUAUAGACUUUAGAGCAACUUUUUGUGUAGCAGAUAUGAUGUGCUUAUCUCAUGGUAGUGCCAAAAUGUUGAACAAUUUCACUUUUAUUACAUCAAAAGAAAUAAUAGUUUUCUAAGCUAUAUUCGCCCAGUUAUUCAGAUACUGAAUGGAGAUGAUACCCCAACACUACAGCGGGCGAUGAGGAUUUUCCUUCUGACGCUGUGACCUCUCAAUUUCAAAUACAGCGACUGCUCCCACUCAGUGUCAAAACAGAAAGACUGUCACACAGGCUGGUUCUGCUCUGUGUGAAUGCAGAGGAUUGGGACCGGAGGGCACCACGACUCUAAUCUUGUUUGGAGGCCAUUGAAUGCAGCCGUAGCUACUUUGAGGGCGCUUCCAUUCAAGCACAGUUUUUUCACGCCGUAGAGAGAAUAAUCCCUCGCAUAGAUACAACAUUAAAGUAGCCAAGCAGAACACACAGAGGCUGAAUUUCAAAUCCGCCCAUUUGCAUCUUGAAAGUGAAUGAGUGCCAGCAACGGGGCCUUUUUUUCCCGUGUUCAAAAACAAGCUGCUUGUCGUCUUUUCUUCCACCUAUUUGUUUGUAUUGCGCACAAGAAAUGACUAAGACGUUCGUCAAAAGUUCAACUGUCUUUUUCUCCCCACUGGUUUGAGGAAGUAAACCAUCAAAUAUGAAGAUAAGAUUGUACUGCAAUUGUGAAGCAGUUUUUUUCUCACUGGUUUAAACACAUCUAAGCUGUGAUUGUUAUAAGAUGCUGAAUUUUCCUGGAGAUGUUGCUUAAGUUUACGACCUGUUUUUUUUUGGACAUUGUUUAAUUACAAAUUGCUCAUCAAAACUGUGAUGCUGUGCAUUGUCUCACAAAUGGUAAGCCUUUUGGGUCUUCAAACGAAAUAAAUGGCUGAGAUAUGCAGUA